AUGACUGAAAUACAAAAUUUAUAUAAGUCGCCGUGGCUGCUCAACUCACUGCUACUCUUUACUUUGUGCUUUGCUUCCUCAACCUUGGCGGAUUUGGAAACGGCCACAUUAAGCCACUACAGCGAACCACGCCAACAAACUGAAAGUAUUGCUUUGAAAGGAAAAUUAGUAUUCGCCCAUGUGCUUUACCGCCACGGCGACCGUACACCGAUUGAACCAUACCCUACGGAUCCAUGGAAAAAGCGCGAGUUUUGGCCCGUCGGUUGGGGUGAGCUGACGAAUUUGGGAAAAAAUCAACACUUCGAGUUGGGUAAAUGGCUACGUCAACGCUAUGAUUCCCUUUUAAAUCUAACCUAUUCCGAAGAUGAAAUUUACGUACGCUCAACAGAUAUCGAUCGCACACUGGCAAGCGCUAUGUCCAAUUUGGCCGGUUUGUAUCCACCGGUUGGCGAUGAAAUCUGGAAUAAAGACAUAGCUUGGCAACCGAUACCGGUACACACAAUUCCUGAGAGACUCGAUAAGGAAUUGGCUGGGAAAGCACCUUGUGCCGCCUACGACUAUGCUCGCUCAGCCGUUUUAAAUUCACUUGAAUUUCAGAAGCUGAAUGAUCGUUACCAAUACUUGUACGAUUACUUGACCAAGUAUUCGGGCCACAAAGUGGACACACUGGAAGCUGUGCAACGCAUAAAUAACACAUUUUUCAUCGAAAUGCUGUACAAUCGCACUUUACCCGAAUGGACCAAGAAGGUGUAUCCCACCGCUGAUAUGACCUACAUUGCUGAUUUCGCAUUCUCUAUAAACACAUACACGCGUCACAUGGCACGCUUGAAGGCUGGUCCGCUGAUCAAAGAGAUGCUACAUCGUUUUGCUGAUAAGGCGCGCGGGUCACUGAAACCCGACCGCUCUGUGUGGAUUUACAGCGCACACGACACAACUGUGGCGAAUGUUUUGAACGCACUCAUGUUGUACAAUAUGAAAAGUCCCGGCUACACAGCGUGUUUACUAUUCGAAUUACGUCUUGACGAGCACAAUAAACCAUUUGUUUCGAUAUUCUACAAAAACACCACUACAGAAGCAACCUUGCUUAGCAUACCGGACUGUGGUGUUGCCUGUCCGCUGGAGCAAUUAUUUGAGAUAUACAAAGACAUUUUGCCUGCGAAUUGGGAGCAGGAAUGCAAGUUGAGCACAAUGAUGAUGGCAUACGAUGACGCUAAUAUUGGCUUGGCCAUGGCUAUUCUUGGAACAAUAAUCUGCAUAAUGCUGCUGUUCUCCACCAUAUUCUUGAUGUACUCUCGUCGUCGCCGCUACAGCUAUUCUGCGUUCACGCAAAGGGCCUAAUUAUUGGCAAUUGAUUUAGCCUUUUAAUUCUCCAACAAAUUCCAAUGGUGAUGAGCACAAAUUUAAAUGUUCCUCUAAAUAUCAGUAACCCUAAUAUUAUGCAUUUAUCAUUUUAAUAAUUGACAAAUUUGAUAUUUAGCAAUUGAAUUACAUUUUUAGUGUGUGUGUGUGUGUGUGCGUAUGCAAGUUUAUUAAUUGUGAUUCACGUUUUUAGCUGAUAAUUUCGCUCUUAUAUCAAAUUAGCAUAUUUUAUAAUAAAUACAUACAUACAUAUAUGUAUGAAUACCUACUUAUACAUACAUACAAAUAUUUACAUACUUAAAAAUUGUGUGCCAGUCAUGGGUCUGUUCGUUAACCUGAAAAUUGUUGAUAGUUUCACAAUUUGCCCAGCAUGAAAACUUGUGGGAACAAAUAACGUUUUUUAACUAAAUUUUAGUUUGCGCUGUGCAGUUGACCUUUGACGCAACCUUUGGUUAUCGAAAGUUGUUAGCUUAUUUUUUUUAUAUCAUUACUAGCGUCUAAAUGUAUAUGAAUAAAAAAAAUUAUGGCCAUGAAAAACACCAAACCCUUAAAAUUUACAGAUCAGUGAUAUUUUUCCUUUGAUGAUGUAGAGUCUAUAGCUGUUUUCCAGUGGUCCAUGACCGGAAUUCGAAUGAAAAUUUUGCGAUAGAAAUCUGCAAGGCGAAUCUAUACAAGGUGGUCUCAUUGAAACAACAACAACAUUCUUCAAAUUAGAAAGGUCUAGAGAAAGGUAAUAGAAGAAUGGAAUAUGACAAAUAGAUAAAAUUCCUUCAUAAAGAAACGAUUCAUUACCAGGUACUCAGGAAGAUGGCAUAUACAAAUUCAAAUAUGUGAAUUCAUACAUGUAAAUAUAAAUUUGCGUUCUCUGAAAUCACUUUUUCGCGCAUUCACAACAUAAUAAAAACGUUCUGCCCUUCCGUUUUACUGGCAUUUUUAAAUUAAAGACGUAUUGAAGAAGAAGAAAUCAAUUACCAAGGCGAAUUGAGUACUGGAGGUGGCGUCUUCCCAAUACAGUUACUUUAUUUUUCCGCGAUUUUGAUAAACCUAACGUUGUUGUUGUUGUUGUAGCAGUAGCUUUGCCCUGCCAGUGUACAUAGUCGUCUUCGUCUAGCUCAUCUAACGGUAGGCCCAGGAAACUUGCCCUUUCGACAGAGACCUGAGGUCAGCUCACUUCCCAAUACAAAAAAAAAAAAACACCAGUCUAACGGUUAGACGCGAUAGAAGUGAAACCUUCCGCAAAACAAACUGAGAGAGAAUAAGACGAAAGCAGCAUUAGGAGCAAGAUAAUUACAGGUUCAUUAUAAUAUUGCUAUAAAGUUCAUAUUUUAUUUUCUUCAUUUUAUUAUUAUUCAUCCUCAAUGUUUUCAAUUUCAACAAAUGAUACGAGUGGCUUAUGAUAGCUAAAAUAUGAUACAAAUGCUUUGGUUUCGAUGUUGUCAACAUGUCUUUGAAAUACCGCGUCAAUGGUUGUUUUUGAUCGUGUUGUCGAUUCAGUGCGAUUGUUACACAUUUUUAAAUUGAAUGUUGUAUUGAGAAAGUCAAUUAAAGGAACCGCUGUGUCCAAUGCAAAAUUUACGUUAAAAUCGCCACUUAAAAUCAUUGGAACUUUAUUGUAAUCUUUUCUAAGUAUCCGCGAUACUUCUGG